AUGCAGCGUCCGAGAGUUCGUCGUCGUCGUCGAAAUGUGUAUGCUGCAGUGGACCACACUACAUCAUCAAUUGCACAGCUUUUUACGAAACUAACGCUGGAAAAGCGGUUCCAGAUUGUCAAUUCAAGGAAGCUGUGCAGUAACUGCCUUCGUCGUGACCACUACUGUCGAGAUUGCACUUCGCCAUUCCGCUGCCGAACGUGCAGCAAGAAGCACCACACUUUACUCCAUCCUGGAUUGUCAGCAUCCGGAUUUGGUUCAUCGGCCGGCAUUCAGGACACAAAACUAUCGCAAACGGGCGGCUCUGGUGUUUCUUCAACUGCGGUGGCAUCCGUUGAAGUUCCUCAGCAGGCACUUCAAUCUUCAGUGGCAACCAUCUAUGCGGCAAACAUACCAGCUGAGUCCCGAGAGGUCCACAUUUUUCUGUCAACGGUGCUCGUUUCGGUAAAGGAUUGCAACGGACGGUUGCAUAAAGCAAGGGCUCUGCUCGAUAGUGGGUCGCAGGCAAAUUUGAUUUCGGAGAGAUUGUGCCAAACACUGAAGCUGCCACGGAAAGGUAGCAAUAUACCGGUUUCUGGUAAAGUAACUGACGAUCAACCAUCAACGACCAUUCCAAUUGGCGACUGGAAUCUGCCUCCUAACAUGGUACUAGCAGAUCCAGGUUUUAACAAAAGAGCUCCGGUCGAUCUUCUGCUAGGACUGGAGUAUUUCUAUGAGUUCCUUUUACUGAAUGGUGGCCGGGUACAAAUACAACGCGUAAGAGAAGGACUUCCACUUUUCGUAAAUACCGUAUUUGGUUGGAUUGUAGCUGGAAAGACGGAUUUGGGUACCAUCAACCCGGUACCGUGCCACCACGUAUUGGUGGGAUCAACGUUAGCUGAGAAGGUGGAGCGGUUUUGGGCGAUCGAAGAGUUGCCAGAUGUCUCUCGGCGGACCCAAGAAGAACAGGACUGCGAGGAGUUUUUUCAAGCCACAUAUUCACGAGAUCGCUCAGGGAGAUACAUGGUCCGACUGCCGAAGCGAAUGGGUUUCGAGCAGAUGAUUGGCGAAUCGAAGGAUAUGGCGCUACGAAGAUUGAUGCAGCUUGAACGGCGACUGGGAAAGGACGAAGAUUUGCGAAGGCGCUACAACGAAGCAAUGCAGAUGUAUUUGGACCAACAACACAUGACAGUUGUGAGUGAAAAGGAUUUGAAGCACGAUCAUAGGCUCGCUUGCUAUCUGCCUCAUCAUCCGGUUAUCAAGGAAUCGAGUGCGACCACGAAGAUUCGACCGGUAUUCGACGGUUCUGCCAAGACGACUUCCAACCGUUCUCUGAAUGACGGACUCAUGACGGGACCGGUGAUUCAAGAUCCUCUUUUCGAUUUAGUUUUGCGCUUCCGCAAACAUCCCGUCGCUCUCGUUGCAGACAUCGAAAAGAUGUACCUGCAAGUGAAGGUUCAUCCCGACGACACUCCUCUACAGCGUAUCCUGUGGAGAUUCUCACCAGAAGAGCCGGUUGCGACUUAUGAAAUGAGUAGGGUCACGUUUGGAUUAGCUCCCUCCUCGUUUCUUGCAACACGGUGUUUGCAUCAGUUGGCAGAAGACGAAGGUGAUCAUCAUCCACGAGCGAAGGUUGCGCUCGUCAACGAUUUCUACGUCGAUGAUUACAUCGGGGGAGCGGAUUCAGUGCAGGAAGCCAUAUUGUUACGGCAGGAUUUGGAGCAGCUGAUGCCUAAAGGAGGUUUUAAGCUGCGAAAAUGGGUAUCCAAUGCUAAAGGUGUGUUGGAAGGUCUUCCGGUGGACGAGUUAGGGACCCAGUCUACGCUCAAUUUCGACCAAGAACAGGUGAAGGCACUAGGAAUUCAUUGGAAACCAGGACCGGAUUUGUUGGGCAUUGAUGUUUCCAAUCUCGCUGCAAAUGGGCAGUGGACAAGGCGCAAGGUAUAUUCCAUCAUCGCUCAGCUAUGGGAUCCUAGCGGUAUCACGGCUCCAGUCAUCUCUUGGGCCAAGAUUCGUAUGCAGCUGUUGUGGGUAGCAGUGCAAGGUUGGGAUGAUCCUCUAUCCCACGAUUUAGCGCUUAGAUGGAGCGAGUUCUACCAACAACUACCUGUUCUCUCAGACAUCCAGGUGGAACGACAUGCUUUCACCAAGCAUCCCAUGCUAGUCCAGUUUCAUGUCUUUUCGGAUGCUUCGGAGGCUGCUUACGGAGCGUGCAUAUAUGCCCGUUCGAUAGACCUAGUUGGACACAUCAAAGUGGAGCUUUUAGCAGCCAAAUCCCGACCAGCCAGCCUGAAGAAGACGACUCUAGCGAGGCUAGAACUUUGCGGCGCUCAUGUGGCUGCAAAACUGUACCGUGCUACUGUUAAAGCUUUGAAGAUGGAGGAUACUGAAACAUGGUUUUGGUCGGAUUCUACCGUUGUCCUGUCAUGGCUCAAGCUACCGCCGUACGUUUGGCCAACUUUCGUUGCAAAUCGCGUCUCGCACAUCCAGGAGCUAACGAAGGGACACCGAUGGAACCACGUUAAGGGCGUUGAGAAUCCAGCAGACCUCGUCUCAAGAGGAGUGAUGCCAAAGGAUCUCAUCGACAAGCAACACUGGUUUCAUGGUCCGUACUGGUUGUCUCUACUCGAUCAGAACUGGAAUACCGCUAAGCAUUUGGAGUACGAGCCGCCAUCGGAAGAACUGCUGGAGAAGAAGAAAAAUGUUCUAGUUUUGGUGGAGCCUCAACAUCCUCAUCCGCUGCUUGAUCGAUACUCCUGCUACUGGAAACUGCUGCGGAUCACCGGUUACUGUUUGAGAUUCAUCCGAAGGUGUCAAGCACCAGCAUCGCCCCCCGUGACCCGGAGCCUCACCGUUGCGGAAAUACAAGAGGCAAAAUAUAUUUUAGUACGCUGUGUUCAACGGGAGCCUUUUGCUGUGGAGAUCAAGGCUCUCGCCAACCAUCGGCUCGUUCCUGCUCACUCACCGCUGAAACUCCUUCACCCUUUCCUGGAUCAGCUGGGCAUACUUCGCGUUGGUGGCCGGCUGAAGCUAGCUGCAUCGCAGAAGGCGUACAUUGCUGUUUUCGUGUGCUUCUGCACGAAGGCGGUUCAUCUCGAGCUGAUUGGGGACCUUACAGCUUCGGCUUUCCUCGCUGCUUUGCGGCGAUUCAUCUCCCGUAGAGGUCUUCCUACUGAGAUCCACUCGGACAAUGGUCUCAACUUCAAAGGGGCCAGCAACCUGCUUCGGGAACUUUAUGAUCUACUACGCGAUCCAAACACUGCAUCCGCAAUUUCCAACGAAACUGCCCAGCGAGGAAUCGUUUGGAAAUUCAUUCCGCCACGAGCACCAAAUUUCGGCGGCCUUUGGGAGGCUGCCGUGAAGUCGGCUAAAACGUCACUUAUUCGGGUGUUGGCCCAGCGAAAACUAUCGUUCGAGGACAUGGCCACGAUUCUCACCCAAGUCGAGGCGGCUAUGAACUCGCGACCGCUCACUCCGUUGUCGGAGGAUCCAGAUGAAUUGGACGUGCUCACCCCUGGGCAUUUCCUCACCGGAUCGUCGUUACUCGCGAUACCUGACCCAGAUUACACCGAUGUACCCGUGAAUCGGCUGCAGCACUACCAAGAGUUGCAGCAGCUAGUGCAACAACACUGGAAUCGAUGGAGGCGGGAAUACAUCUCGCAGCUCCAUAAUCAAAACCAACGAUACCCGCAAUCAACACGUCUCAAAGUGGGUCAAAUGGUGAUCCUUAAAGAGGACGGAAUUUCUGCCAUCGCAUGGCCACUGGCUCGCAUCACCGAAGUCUACCCUGGUCCGGACGAAGUGGUCAGGGUAGUGAAAGUUCGCACUCCUAGUGGUGCUGUAUACAAACGACAGUCAUCCCGCAUCUGUUUGCUGCCGUUCGAGAAGUUGACUGACGACAACCGGAUAAACAAAGCUGCGCAACGUGAAUUGAAUUCAAUCUAA